AUGGCGGAGAACAGGAGAACACGGCGGGUUCAGACAUUCGGAAGGAAGAAGACAGCAGUAGCUGUCGCUCUCUGCACAGAGGGUAAAGGGUUAAUACGCAUCAAUGGUGCCCCCCUGCACCUUCUCAAGCCUGAAGCACUCAGAGCAAAGGCAUGCGAAUCUAUUCUUGUCCUUGGAAAGGAGAGGUUUGAGGGUAUAGAUAUUCGCGUGCGAGUUCGUGGAGGCGGUUUUGUCUCUCAAGUGUAUGCAGUCCGCCAAGCCAUAGCAAAGGGGGUUGUCGCCUUCUAUCAAAAAU